CUUCCCUCUGUGGAUUUAUGGCUGCUCAUCUGACGGAGAACAUGGAGCUCACAUCAUUCUUCAAACUCCCAUCUUCCCAACUCAUUGGAAGUUUAGGAUCUGUUGCUCCCAUCGUACUCAUGAUCCUUCUGCUGCUUCUCUGUUUUCCCUUUAAAAAGAAAAAGCAUCGCUUGUCAAUCAGAACCAGGAAGAAGGACUUAAAUAUGUCUGAACUCAUCGAUCUAACAAAGCUGGAAGAUGGGUUGUCUCCAGAAAGGGAGUCUCUUUCAGAUCAACGUUUACACAAAGGUAACACUUUGCCUAGCCGCCAAGCACAGGAGCAAUCAAACGGAUUUUCUUCAGAGCUUCAGCAAGGAAAUGCAGACUCUCCAAAACACACACAGGUAGUUAACUCAAGACACCAAACGAUGGAGAAACUGAACAUCAACCAACAAAGAAACUUGAGUCCACAAGCACCAGGUUCCAACGUAUCAUCCCCAAGCUCACUGCAGUUCAGGAAACUCCCAGUGACUCCCAAAGAGGCCUGCCGAUCUAGAAUGUUACCCUUGACACAGAACCUGGACAACCUAGUUUACGAAAGCAUUGGCAUUAAAGAACAGGAAUUAUAUAGCCAGGAAGGGUUGGAAGGAAGGACAGGCUGUCAGAUGGCAGCGAAUGAUAACUCGAUCACUGCCACGACCCAUGGAUCUGGAGCAGGGCCUGUGGCGCUUGGUGGGAAAGAUUCUGAAGCUGCAGGAUCCAACAAUGUGCAUGUGCCGUUGUGUCCAGCUCAACCAUGCCAGGAGUCAUGUGGCCAGUUGCAGGAAAUGGCACCUGAGCAAGAGGCCCCCCAGGCUCAGCUUGAGUCUGACUCAAGGAGACUAAGUGCCAUGUAUGCUCGAGUGUGCAAGCGAACCAAGGCAUCUCAGCCAAUGCAACCUGAAAAUCGUGAUGAGCCUAAGGAACAAGAAGAAGAAGAAGAACCCCCACCCAUUCCAGAAAAAUGUUUUGAGCACAUCUAUGAAAGCCUGAAGGUUUAUGACAAGCUGCACGAUGGGGGCUUGUAGGUGCAUCUCUUUCUAAACUGGAAGGUGUAUGUUCUAAUUGGGCAACUUUAAAUGUCAUCCAUUAAGCAGAAAAGUCAGUUAUGUACAUUCAUAUGGUAUUCAUAAAUAUCUGUGGGAUAUAUGUGCUAGUAAAAAAUUGUCUGAAAUGUAAGUUUUUUUUUAAAAAAAAUGUUCAAACUGCUACUAUUUUCCAUCUUCCCCAAAAUCCCAGUACUGGAAAGUUCUAUCCUUUUCUUCCACUUUUGUAGCAAACACUUUUUUCCAUCCUGACAUUAAUUCUGACUUCUCUGGCCUUUUUUUUCAUUGCCCAGUCAAUUUGGAAGCACUCUUCUAGCAAUGGCAGGGCCAAUGUGAGCUGGCAAGAAGGUGUCCAUCCAAAAAGAUGAAGAAGUCUUUAGAGUUGAUAAAUUCAAGACUUCAGUUGGUUACAAAAAGUGUUAAAUAUGUACUUGGAUAUAAACAAAUUCUGAAAAUGAUUUGGCAGGGCAAAGCCAAGUUAGUUAUCCUAAUCAAUAACUGCCCUGCUUUGAGAAGGUCAGAAAUUGAGUGCUGUGCUGUGUUGGGCAAAACUGUUGUGCAUAACUAUAGUGGCAACAAUAUUGAACUGGGAACAACUUGUGGGAAGUAGUGCAGAGUAGGUGCACUUGAUAUAAUUGAACCAAGUGACUUUGACAUCAUGCCAGAACAAACAGUGAGAAGUAAAAUUAAUAAACUUAAAUUCUGUAUAAUAAAAUUGGCUAUAAAUCUAUGGUAAAAUGAUGUUCAUCAUAUCAUAAUACCCCUGAACUUAUUUCAAACCCUCAUUUGACGGAUGUGGAAAUUGGGUUUUAGAAGAAAGUUGACAAAGACUGAACAACUAUGUGCAUAACUGACUAUAUGGUCUUGACUCACCUGUCUUUUAUCUUGCAAUUAAGCAGGAUGGUUAUCAGUAGUGGGUGGAACUUACAGCUUCAUAGAAAACAAAAGUGAACUGUACUUUUAAGAUGGGAAGCAAUUUAAGGUUUUUUUAGCAGCUUGGUACUUUCUGUGAUUAUAACCCUCUUAUCAUUUCCGCAAGGGAGGAUGCUGUGAAGGAUAAAAUUAGAUUUUGGACUCCCCAAAAUUUGGGUCCUUUCUUGGAGAAUACACUGGGAAUGAUAGGUUUUAUAAUCCCAAACCUUCCAUAAUCUGUAAACAUAACCCGGGUGAUGGGACUGGCAUACAGAAUGCCCCAAAAUGUAGGAAAAGUAGUUUUAAGUAACUCUAAACUGGGGUUUUUAAUGUGGGAUUUUACAUCACUACUCAGUGGUGGCUCUCCUGUUUGAAUAUGUAUGCUCUGAAUUGUCCUACACUCUGCCACAAUUUAAUUUCCAGAACUCUUAAAGAGGGGAGAGGGAAGAAAUCAUUUCUGAGUCUUGGAACAUACAUUCAACUAACUACACCUUUGGGUAAUUAUUUUGCUCAAAUGAGAAACUGCAUUAUACAAAUGAUAGGGGACAUUUUGCAUUCUGUCAAAUUGUAAUAUUCAAGAUACACCAAAUCUAUUGCAUGUGUUUUAAAUAUGUAUUUAAUCUAUUUUUUAAAAUAACUUAUCUUCACUUUUUGCAUUGACAAAGGAAUCAAGGCAGCUAAUAAAAUUAAAAUGGACUUUUAUUCCAGGAUCAGUAA